AUGUUGCUGGGGUACAUGGAACAUAGCAAAAUUUACCGUGUGUUAAAUCUCGAUACUGGAAUAGUAAAAACAAGCCUUUCAGUUGCUCUUGAUAAACGCGGAGUAUCCAGCAUCGAUCGUGGGGAUAAUACGGAUAAGCCUAAUAGGUAUCUUCAGACUCCAAUCGAUGAUGAUGAAAAUAUGGCACCUUGUGUUUCACAGCCAACACGAAACAAUGAUGUGAUCAUGGAUGACGACUUAGUUGAUAACGAUGAGAGAAAGGCUUUGGCGGUUGAUAACCAUAUUCCUACAUUAAGUAUUCAGCAUGCGAGUCCACCACAAACUGAAAUCACACAUGACAACCACUUACUCAGUGGGAGGUAUGCAAUUGUAUUCCAUCCUCCAAUCCAUCGUCGCCACCUUAAUCAUAGUCAGCAUCACGUGCUGCGUGAUGUGCCUCACACUCAACAACGCCUCCAGAUUGAGUCCGAUGCCACUCCAGAAAGAUGCAUAGUUGUGUUCGAGCCAGUGGAGGAAGACCGUCAGCGCGAUGACUCUGAUCUUAUGGAUGUGCGACCACCAAAGCCUUCACAUAAAUAA